AUGUCGGAACUUCUCAAAAUUUACUCCUUUACUUUGAAACAUCUACACUUGGGCUCCUCUAUGCUUAUAUGCUAUACAGAACUUGAUUUUAGAAGAUUUGAGAAGUUGAUUGAUGAGAUUUCGUUACCCGAUUCGCUCGAAGUGUUGAUACUGACUAGCUAUGGAUUAAAUUCAAUUGAUAAAGUGACAUUUUCUAAAAACCUAACAGCACUACAUUUCAAUGCUUACGAUAUUGAGUCACUUGAUGGUCUAAUUUUUCCCCCAGCACUCGCUGCGCUAGACUUACAGAACAGUAGAAUAAAAAACUUACAAGGUGAAGUGUUUCCUUCAACGCUAAAACGUCUCAUAGUGAGAAUAACUGACACCGUUGAUCUUUCCAAGGACAUGUAUGGCAAGCUGCUUCAACUCGAAAAGUUGUGGCUUAAAAGUUUCGAGAGUAACAAACUUACUUGCACAAUACCAACCAGUUUACAGAGUCUACGCUUAGAGUACUUGGGUCCUUCGGUUUUUAACGAACUAGGGAAUGGUUUGGUACAUUUGACAGUAGCUUCAUGUUGCUUAGAUUUGAGAAGUCUAAAAUUUGGGUCUGAAUCUAAAUUAAAGUACUUUUGCAUGUCGAACUGUUCUAUCAAAACACUAGGUAUGGACUAA